GAGGAGCGUGUGGAGGAGGAGCUGCGCAAGCAGGAAAUUCUGUCGCCCAUGGGCUCGCCCAUGCCCUCGCCGAAGGGUGCGAAGAGCCCGCAGUCGCAGACCUUGCCAAGCCCGAGCGUAGACAGCACCAACUCCGAGAUUUUCCCGGAGGAGGACUUCCAAGUGGCCCGUGGGUCGCUUAAUGCCGAGCGGGCCCUGAGGGCUUCCCGCGACGAUCCGCUGCCGCCCUCCGAAAAGGCCUUAUCGCGAUCCGCAUCGAAGCUGUCGAAGCAUUCGAAGCAGUCAGGGCCCGUGUCAGGAGUCGGAUCUGAUAUCGCUUUCGGAGAACUGGAGGUGGACUAUGUGAUGACACCUCCCGGCUCUCCGACUGCCCUGGCGAGCUUUCCAUCCAAGCCUUCACUGAUGGCACAAGACUCUCCCAUCCGCGGCACCAGCAAGCUAUCUGCCAGCUUUCGGCCGGACGUCGAAGUGCGGGAUGUCACCGGAGAAGAUCAUGGUCUCAUGCUCCUGAAAGAUCUGUCUGCGCCAAGCACGCCGGCCUCCCUCUCGAGGCCCGGUAGCGCCAAGAGGCUCUCGAACUACUUCUCCAGCAAGCUCAACCGGCUGUCCAGGCCGGCGUCUGCGUUGCUUCGCCGCUCUUCCUCGGCGACCUUCUCCGAUUCAUCGCCAGGCUCGGGUGCCGGAAGCCCGCAGCGGAAUCGGGGCUCUUUGGGGUCGUGGUUCCAUGAUCGUCGCAGUCAGCUGGUCCGCUCUUGA